UGAGCUUCUGCUGUCCAUUUCAUAUUCACACACAGCAACUGGUGGCAACUAAGAAUAGCGAGCUUGGCCACCAGCUCGGAAUCCAGUCCCAUCGGGGCACCGGCAGGGAGCACCAGGAGGAUUCCGGAUCUCGGGUAGCAUCUCCCUCCUGCCCACUCAUCAGCGUAGUCUCCUGGUCUUUGAAAGCUGUGGAGGAGCCAUUAGCAGGCAGGACUGGGAGGGAGAGCCGCAGUGCAGCACACCUCCACGCUAGCAGCAGGCUGUAGCCGCACGUGAGCACCAAUUAGAGCGACCCUUCCCAGGACUGUAGCACUGGAGUGUGUCAAUCAAGGGCGCUAGGUAGCGCGGGCAUCGGUGGCGGCUCAAGCCACCCCGGGGGCUGCUCUCAACUCCAGCUGCCGAAUGAAAAUGAGUUGAUGCUUUCUGCACGAGCAUGAACGGGAGCCUCUGUUCAGCAAUGCAUUCUGAAGUGCACCGUUACCUGAGCAGGGACCCUAAAUUAUGCAUUUCCUGGGGACAGCCGUCAUAGCGGAAGAGAAUGCUGGGACCCAUAGCAGGAUUCGUGCUUGAGGAGAGACGAUGUCUCACUAUCAUUUUAUCAAGUGCUGUUGCUACCAGCUAUGUAACGUUUUUCGAUCCCAUGAGAUGGAAAUUGACCAGUGCUUGCUGGAGUCCCUCCCCCUGGGCCAGCGGCAGCGUCUGGUGAAGCGCAUGCGCUGUGAGCAAAUCAAAGCCUACUAUGAGCGAGAAAAAGUAUUCCAGAAGCAAGAAGGGCUCCUGAAGAGAAUCAAGCCUGCGAAGAGCCAGAAGGUCCGCUUUGGCCUUGCUGACAUGAUUCAGGAUGCCAUCAUCCACCACCACGACAAAGAGGUGCUGCGACUCUUGAAGGAGGGGGCGGACCCGCACACUCUCAUCUCCUCAGGAGGGUCCUUACUCCACCUGUGUGCUCGCUAUGACAACGUCUUCAUUGCAGAAGUCCUCAUUGACAGGGGUGUCAAUGUCAACCACCAGGAUGAGGACUUUUGGACACCAAUGCACAUUGCCUGUGCCUGUGACAACCCUGAUAUUGUCCUGUUGCUCAUAUUAGCUGGCGCCAACGUCCUCCUGCAAGAUGUGAAUGGAAAUAUUCCCUUAGAUUAUGCCGUCGAAGGGACAGAAUCUAGCGCUAUCCUGCUGGCCUACUUGGAUGAGAACGGAGUGGACCUCCACUCGCUGCGCCAGAUAAAGCUGCAAAGGCCCAUGAGUAUGCUGACAGACGUCAGGCACUUCUUAUCUUCAGGAGGAGAUGUCAAUGAGAAAAAUGAUGACGGAGUGACGCUGCUGCACAUGGCGUGUGCAAGCGGCUACAGAGAGGUGGUGCUGCUUAUCCUGGAACACGGUGGUGACAUCAAUAGGAUGGAUGACGGGUACUGGACGCCCCUGCAUUUAGCAGCCAAGUAUGGCCAGACAACCCUGGUGAAACUCCUUCUGUCGCAUCAGGCGAACCCCCACCUUGAGAACUGCAAUGGAGAGAAGCCAUCAGACAUCGCUGCCUCUGAGGCUAUCGAGGAGAUGCUGCUGAAUGCCGAAAUCGUCUGGGAUGAGAAAAUGAGAGAGUCUCCGUCUGCUCCGAGCUUAGCUCAAGAGGACCUGUACGAUGAAAUCCUUCGUGACCUCCCAGAUCUUUCCAGUAAGCUCAGUCCCCUGGUGCUACCAAUUGCCAAGCAAGACAGUUUACUAGAAAAAGACAUUAUGUUCAAAGACACAACCAAGGGUCUGUGCAAGCAGGAGUCCCAGGACGGCCCACCUGAGAGCAGCGUGGCGAGCAACUGCAGCAAGCCAGAGCAGGUUCAGCUCAUGCCUCCAGCUCCCAGCGAUGACCUGGCCACGCUCAGUGAGCUUAAUGACAGCAGCCUGCUGUAUGAAAUCCAGAAGCGCUUUGGAAAUGACCAGAUACAUACUUUUAUUGGGGAUAUCUUCCUGCUUGUUAACCCAUUCAAAGAACUCCCAAUUUACUCUGCCAUGGUGUCCCAGAUGUACCUGAGUCCCACGGGCCAGCGCAGCCCCUUGCUCCCACCCCACCUCUUCUCCUGCGCAGAGCGGGCCUUCCACAGGCUGUUCCAGGAGCGAAGGCCACAGGUCAUCAUCCUCAGUGGAGAAAGAGGGUCAGGGAAGACGCAGGCCAGCAAGCAGAUCAUGAGGCACCUGACCAGCAGGGCCGGCUCCAGUCGCACCAUGUUUGACUCCAGAUUCAAGCAUGCGCUGUGCGUCUUGGAAGCCUUUGGACAUGCCAGGACCACACUCAACAACGUGUCCAGUUGCCUCAUCCAGUACUGGGAAGUGCAGUUCUGUGAGAAGAGAAAGCAGGCAACGGGAGCCAGAAUUUCCACUUACAUGUUGGAGAAGUCAAGGCUUGUGGCUCAGCCUCCUGGCCAGGGCAGCUUUCUGAUCUUCUCCUGGUUAAUGGAUGGGCUAUCCACCGAAGAAAAAUGCGGACUUCGCCUUAGUAACCUCUGCGCACACCGGUAUGUGAGCCAAGGCAUGCGGGAGGAUGUCGCCACAGCAGAGCGCUCUCUGAACAAGGGGAGACUUGCAGGUCUGAGGCAUGCUCUGAGCGCCCUCGGCUUCAGCAGCUUGGAGGUGGAGAACCUGUUCGUUAUCCUCGCCGCGAUCCUACACAUCGGAGACCUUCAGUUCACGGCGCUGACGGAAGCCGACUCCGCCUUUGUCUCCGACCUCCAGCUUCUGGAACAAGUGGCCGGCAUGUUGCAAGUGUCGACAGAUGAGCUGGCCUCCGCCUUAACAACUGAUAUUCAGUAUUUUAAAGGAGAUGUGAUAAUCCGUCGACAUACUACACAGAUGGCUGCAUUUUACCGAGAUCUCCUGGCCAAGUCACUGUAUAGUCGUUUGUUUGGUUUUCUGAUGAACGCCGUGAAUUGCUGCCUCCAGAAUCAAGAUGAAUAUAAAAGCCCUCACACAUUGGAUAUUGGGAUACUGGACAUUUUUGGCUUUGAGGAAUUUCAAAAGAAUGAAUUUGAACAACUGUGUGUCAACCUGACCAAUGAAAAGAUGCAUCACCAUAUCCAAGAAGUGCUUUUCCUGCAAGAGCAAACAGAGUGUAUACAAGAGGGAGUUGCCAUGGAAACCGCCUAUUCUCCUGGUAACCAGGCUGCAGUUUUGGAUUUCUUCUUCCAGAAACCAUCCGGAUUCUUCUCCCUGUUGGAUGAGGAGAGUCACAUGAUUUGGUCAGUGGAGCCAAACCUUCCCAGAAAGCUGCAGAGUCUCCUGGAGUCGGCAAACACAAACGCAGUGUAUUCCCCUAUGAAGGACGGCAAUGGAAACGUGGCUUUCAAAGGUCCGGGCCCAGCCUUCACCGUCAUGCACUACGCAGGAAGGGUAACGUAUGAAAUUGGUGGAGCAGUUGAAAGAAAUAAAGAUUCUCUUUCACAAAACCUCCUAUUUGUAAUGAAAACCAGCGAAAACGUUGUGAUCAGUCACUUGUUCCAGUCAAAACUGUCACAAACGGGAUCUCUCAUCUCUUCCUCCCCAUCAUGUAAAUUCCGAGGACACAAAUCCACCCUCCUCAGUAAGAGAACUGCGUCUUCAGUGGCUGGAGUAAAUAAGAGCUAUCUAGAACUUAGCAAGUUAUUAAAAAAGAGGGGAACUUCCACUUUCCUGCAAAGACUGGAACGCGGGGACCCCAUCACCACCUCGUCACAACUCACGAAGUCUCUGGCGGACAUCAAGGCGAAGCUGCAGAGAGGCAGCCCCCACUUCAUCCUCUGCAUCAAGCCCAACACGUCCCAGCUGCCUGGCGUGUUCGACCACUUCUAUGUGUGCGCCCAGCUGCAGUACCUCGGGGUCCUGGGGCUGGUGAGGCUGUUCCGCUGUGGGUACCCAGUGCGCCCUUCCCUCGAGGACUUCCUGUGCAGAUUCGAGCCACUGGCUUCUGUUCUUCUGGGCGAGAAGAAGGGUCAGUCUGCUGAGGAGAGAUGUCGGCUCAUUCUCCAGCGCUGUAAAUUACAAGGCUGGCAGGUGGGAGCCCACAGAGUGUUCCUGAAGUACUGGCAUGUGGACCAGCUCAGCGACCUGUGGCUGCAGCUGCAGCGGAAGAUUGUGACCUGCCAGAAAGUUAUAAGAGGGUUCCUGGCACGCCAGCAUUUACUGAAGAUAAUAAGUGUCAAACAGCAGGAGGACACAUCCAUCAAGAGCUUUUUGCAGAGCACGGAGGACAUGGCCCUGAAAACCUAUGAUGCCCUGGUCAUUCAGAACGCUUCCGACAUUGCCCGGGAACAUGACAGGCUCCGGAAGGAGGUCCGUGCUACUUACCAUAGGAGCAAGCAAGAGGAUGGAACCCAGAGAGCCGAAGACCAAGGAGGAUCCCGGUAUGUCCAUCCUGGUGUUCCCGUGCCCAUGGCAGUGGACAGCCUGGCCCAGGCUCUUGCUGGACCUUCCAUCCGGUCGCCAUCACUGCACUCUGUGUUCAGCAUGGAUGACAGCGCUGGCCUCCCUUCACCACGGAAACAGCCUCCACCCAAGCCAAAGAGGGACCCCAACACCCGGCUGAGCGCCUCGUAUGAGGCUGUGAGCGCCUGCCUUUCAGCAGCCAAGGAUGCCGCCAGUGAAGCUCUGACGCGGCCCAGACCCCACAGUGAUGAUUAUAGCACCAUGAAGAAGAUCCCCCCUCGAAAGCCAAAGAGAAGUCCCCACACGAAGCUCAGCGGCUCCUAUGAGGAGAUCUGGGGACCUCGGCCUCCUGGCAUGCUGGGCCAGGUGGGCAGGCAUCAGGUCCCAGGGACACUGAGUGUGCCGUGGGCCAGGCCUGACUCCGCGCCACAGUGUGCACCCCAGCUGCCUCUGCACCUGCCGUUGUCACAGGGGGACUACGAUGAUGACGCUGAGCCUGUGUACAUCGAGAUGGUGGGGAACGCGGCCGGGGCAGGCGUGUCUGGACCCGACAGCCCCGACCAGGGUGAGUCUGUGUACGAGGAGAUGAAGUAUGUCCUGCCUGAGGAGGGCUGCGGCCCCGGCAUGCUCACCUUCCUGCCCGCCUCGCCUCCUCUGUCUUUAGAGACUCGGAAAGCCAUCAUCUUGGAGGCUGGUGAGGGGAACGGCCAGCCCCUGAAGGACACAGUCCCUCCACCUUUCCCGAACCUGCUUCCUCACAGGCCACCGCUCCUGGUCUUCCCUCCCACCCCGGUGACCUGCUCCCCAGCUUCUGACGAGUCGCCGCUGACACCCUUGGAGGUGAAGAAACUGCCGGUCCUGGAGACCAACCUCAAGUAUCCGGUGCCGUCGGAAGGCUCCAGCCCCUUGUCACCACAGUACUCAAAAGCACAGAAGGCGGAUAACGACCAGCCGGUAUCCCCCGGCUUUCCUGUGUUCAACGGGUCCAGCCGGGCAUCACCGCCUUCCACACCACCGCCCCCUCCGGGGCCACCCCCUCCCCCCUGUGGGGCAGCCCCCGCGCCCUGCCGGCCACCCACGCACUUCGCCCUCCCACCAGAUUCCGGCCUGAUCACUGCCGCUAAAACAGCAACUAACUCUGACCUGGCCAGAGCGCAGCCAAAGCCCAGUUCGGCCCCGGUGCUGGGUCCCUGCAGCUCCUUUGUCAAGGCUCCCUGUUCACCUGGAAGGACAGCCAGAACAGACCUCAGGAAGGCCUCGUCCACCUUCUCCCCACCGAGCCCCUACAGCCCACCCAACAGCAGGCCGCUGUCCAGCCCCCUGGACGAGCUGGCCAGCCUCUUCAACUCCGGAAGGAGUGUGCUGCGCAGGUCUGCGGUGGGACGCAGGAUCAGGGAGGCUGAAGGUUUUGAAACUAACAUGAACCUGAGCAGCCGGGAUGAACCCAGUUCAUCAGAAAUGGCUUCAGAGACCCAAGACAGAAAUGCAAACAACCAUGGGACUCAGCUGUCCAGCUCUCUGUCUAGUGUCCUCACAGCUGAAAACGGAAAUCCUGUCACAAACGGUUUACCUGAGGAUGAUGGGUGUUCAAGGCUGUGUCUGAGUGGCGUGGGGACGUCAUCAUUUCAGAGACAUCGGGAGAGUCACACCACCCAGGUUAUCCAUCAGCUGAGGCUCUCCGAGAAUGAAAGCGUGGCUCUGCAGGAGCUGCUGGACUGGAGGAGGAAGCUCUGCGAGGCCAGAGAAGGCUGGCAGGAAGCCCUGCAGCACCCGGAGCCCCGUGCGCCCCCACCGCCACCCUGCAAGAAGCCCACGCUCCUAAAGAAGCCCGAGGGGGGCUCCUGCACGAGGCUGCCUUCCCAGCUCUGGGACAGCGGUAUCUGACACAGCCUGGACUGCAGGCCUGUGGCUGGGCUGUCUGCCGACUGCAGGCUACCUCAGCAGGAGGCUGCCUUCUGAUGCCUGAGGUCCCCUCUCCAGGCAUCUCUACAAAAGCACAGGACACUACUGAGGACUACCUGAGACCUCCCGUGUGUGCACAUCUGUGUGUGCUCAUUCCCUCUCUGUUUCUUGGUAGCACACUGAAUUGUAGGGCCACAGCACUCCCAAGAUAGCCAGAGAGGCCGGAGGCAUGAGGAUGAGUCCCAGGGCAGAGCAGUGGGGAGAGGUCCUCCAGGCAGCUGUUUCUGCUCCACCCCACCACGGCCACUACCCCGCCAGUGGCUUCAUAUGGUGCAGCACGUAGGACGUGUGUUUCAUCUCUCUGUAGGUGUUUGUCAUUAGAAUACAAACCAGAUGAUCGUUUUACAUGUUUAUCACUGUGUUUUAUAACUUUUUGCCACUGGUGUGUUCCCUUUCUUCAGAAUACAAAUUUUAAAACAACAACAACAAAAAAAAAAAACAUUUGUAGGGAUUUUUUUUUAAGUCCACAUACUUACUUUUAACCCAGAGCCCCUCGAGGCCUGAGGACUGUGUGUUGCCUUGGCUUUAGCCGACCACUAUAGCAAAAUGGAGCAAGAACUAGAGUUUGUAUGUCGUGUUACUCCCCGCUUUCCCGCACCCAGCUUUUCCCUUGGGUCCGUGUGGCUUCGCCAUUCAUUGGUUAAGGCUCAUCCCCACCCAGCUUCUCUGCUUGGCAUAGAUGACAGGAUGUUUAUGGUUCAAAACCUAUGGCUUCAAGUUCCUAGCUGGUGACUCGAAAGUACGGAUAAGCAGGUUCAGCUUCAGGGGAUGGAGCACUGUGCUGCCCUCCCUGGGAACCAUGCAUGAUUCCCUUGCUGUGUGCCCAACCCGCUGUCGCGCGUGUGAUGGCCUUGCUUCUCCAUGUCUUUCUGCCCACUGUCGGUGAGCUCGGAGCAGUGGCUCCACCAGCCGCCUGCCGCUGUCCCGCCACUUGGACCGCUUCAUUCAUUUCAGCCACUGCAGAGCUACUGUGCCAAUAAAAGGUGCAACCAUG